AGAUAAAAUCCUCCCUAUAAGACCCUGCUGGACUGUGUGCAUCAGAAGGUCAGUCCACCAUUUAGAAAUUGGAUCCUCUUCAGGUGAUCCUGGGGAAGGCUGCAGAUUAAUUUUGAGACAGCUUUCCAGGUGUAUGGGACCGUCUUCCACAUGAACCAGGGAAACCCAUUCAACUUAAAGGCCCUGGUGGACAAGUGGCCUGAUUUUAGCACAGUGGUGAUCCACCCUCAGGAGCAGGAGAUGACAGAUGAUCUAGAUCACUACACAAAUACUUACCAAAUCUACUCCAAGGACCUCAAGAAUUGUGAGGAAUUCCUUAGCCUACCAGAAGUCAUCAACUGGAAACAAAAUUUGCAGAUUCAAAGCUCGCAGUCUGGCCUUGAUGAAGUGAUCCAGAAACUUGCAGCCACUAAAUCCUUCAAAGCUGAGCUGACACAAAACUACCUCUUCAUGAUGGCAGAGACAGCGAGGAAACUGGCUCCUCCUCUGCUGGAAGGAAAGAAAUUAGCCCCUGGUGGUGGCAAACCUAAGGACAUCAACCAUGCCAUAUUUAAACUCUCCUCUCUGGAUGUCAGCCAUGCCGCCUUGGUGAACCAGUUCUGGCUUUUUGGAGGCAAUGAGAGAAGCUUGCGAUUCAUCGAGCGCUGUAUCAGAUCCUUCCCCACGUUCUGUCUGCUGGGACCCGAGGGAACCCCUGUGUCUUGGGACCUGAUGGACCAGACAGGAGAGGUGCGGAUGGCUGGCACUGUGCCUGAGUACCGGGCCCAGGGCCUUGUCUCCUAUGUCAUCUAUUCCCAGACCCAAGCUCUACACAAGCUCGGCUUCCCUGUCUAUUCCCAUACCAGCAAGAGUAAUGAAAUCAUGCAGAAGAUGAGUCACAACUUACAUCACCUCCGCAUGCCCUCUGACUGGAGCCAGUGGCUCUGUGUCCCCGUGUGAAGUACCUUGAACUCGAGGCUGAGUGGAUGAGUCUGGACAUGUGGCUAAAGGUGCAAAUGGGUGGGCAGAGAGAAAUAAUAAAUUCUGAUCCUCAGUGAAAAA